AGAAUAAACGUCAAGAAAUUUGGAUUCACUGAUCGUAGUCAGUCACUCCGAGGCUUGUACCCUGGAUCCUGGAGAUACAUCCGACGUGGUCGUCUCGCGUUUCACGAAAUGUCCAUGGGCGGCGAGUAACAACAUGUCCCUCUUCAUAUAUCAUACCGGGAACUAUGUCCAUUCCAUCCGAACAGAAAGCUCUUAUACUCAAGACCGAACGAGGCGACUUCACCAUUGGGCCUUAUGCCAUUGAUGAACCUGGACCAGGCGAAGUCCUCGUUCGAAUCGAAGCCACUGCUCUUAACCCUAUUGAUUGGAAGGUCAAAGCGACGGCAUACUUGGAUAUAAUCAAGGAGCAUCCCGCUAUCCUAGGAACUGUCGCUGCAGGUGUUGUUGUAGCUCUCGGUGUGGGCGUGACUAAAUUCGCCGUUGGCGACAAGCAAGGGUUCUUUACGAAUCGCUUGGGCACAUUUAAGCAAUACACACUUAUCGCAGCUGAGAUCGCAGCCAAGAUCCCAGAUAACGUCACUUUCGACCAGGCCGCUACAGUCCCUCUCGGUAUUUUUACGAGUGUCGUUGGGCUUUACGCUCAUGGAUGGGAAUGUGGUGGCGUUGGACUCACACCUCCCUGGAAACCUGGUGGCAGGGGAAAGUAUGUUGGGCAGCCGGUUGUGAUAUUCGGAGGCUCGUCGUCUGUCGGGCAAUACACAAUCCAGCUCGCUAGAUUAUCUGGUUUCUCACCUAUCAUCACAACCGCUUCCCCACACAACAACGACCGCGUCAAGGCUCUAGGCGCAACACACACAAUUGAUCGCCAUCACCCCCCUUCCGAGAUCAUCGCAGAAGUCAAGAAAAUCACGUCAGGGCCUAUUCAAAUUGUCUACGAUGCUACCUCGCUCGAGUCAACUCAAAAGACUGCCUAUGAGAUCGUAGCACCCGGAGGCACGCUCAUCCUUGUCCUCCCCAGCUUAAUCCCCAAGGAGAAAACGUCCCCAGAUAAGAAGAUCAUAUUCACGUACGGAACGGUGCAUGCGCCUGAGAAUAGGGCACUUGGAAUCAGUUUGUAUCAGAAUAUCACGCGGCUGCUUGCGUCGGGCGAUAUCAAGCCGGACCCUGUUGAGGUUUUGCCUGGCGGGCUUGCUGCUAUUCCUGAAGGGCUGGAGAGGAUGAAGAGAGACCUGGUCAGCGGGAAGAAGCUCGUUGUUCACCCUCAGGAGACCUAGCAUGGUACUUUGCGCAAUGUGAGACGCUAGCUUAGAAUGUUCUAUUCCCCACUAGCCAUGACUUUGCGUGU